GGCAUCCAGUGACUGACCAUCGAACGUUGCGGUCUUCAGUAUCAUGAACGCAUGCGAUGAGAAGUCUGAGAGAUGUAUCGAUACGAAAGAGGAACUUGGGCGAACUCUAUCUGGCACCUGUGCGCCAAACCUUAGAUUCGGAUGCACUAGGAAGCAACAGAGGAUUCGUUUUUCAGCUUCACCUCUCACCGCCAUGGAGCAACGGUCGUCGCAGUCUGGUCAGUUCCACCACUACCUACCGCGCUUUGUCGUGCGUCGAUGGCUGCAGGGGGUCAAGGUAGUGACUAGUCCGGGCCGAAAGUACAAAGGCGGUCGGAACAAGGGCCGCCAGCGGCCUCGGGAGUACAAACAGGAACUCAUCAAUACGUACGACAUAAAGACCAGUACCCUUAGCAUGGGCACGACCGAUCUCGGCAGGACAUUCGGUAUCGUCGAUAUGUACAAGGACGACGCGGACUUGACGGACGUGUAUCGUGUCGAGAAGGCCUUCUCCAAGCUCGAGAGCGAUGCUGCGCGUAUAUUCCACGCUCUGGACGUUGCUGAGAAGGGGGGUCGCUCUUCCGUGGAGCUGGUCCGCUCUGAGCUGAAUACCCUCCGGAAAUUCCUUUUCCUCCUGCACUACCGGAACGGACGUCAUGCCCAACAAUUCAUUGACGGUCGCUUCGACCCAGAGUCAGCGGCGAUGGUGGAGCAGUACAGGCUCGCGCAUGGGCUAGCAAAUGCACGUGCAGUCUGGCUCCGCAAUAUCGCCUUACUCCUCGAAGACGAGCACUGGGAGGUGGUCACGGACGAGCGUCUAUUGUGGACGGCCCGUAUGGACUACAAACUUGACGCACUUGACAAGCAACUCGGAAUUUACCGUGCUCCUCCCGGCACCGAAUUUGUUCUAACUGAGAACGGUCUAGGCCUCAUUGAGGGCGCUAGAACGCCGAUGAGUUUCAUGGUCGACUUGAUGUCUCCAGGUGCCCCAGGCGUUUCCUUUAUAACCCUGACCCAGGCAUUCCCCAUCAGUUCGAAGCUCGUAAUUUUCCUACGUUGCUCCAAAAUGUCGCAGGAAACUGCUAUGAUACAGGCGGGCGUUCCCGCAGAAGAGGCGAGGCGCUGGGCGUAUGAUGGGCUCAGCAAUACCUCAUAUUUCGACGACAUACCCCGGACAGCCCCGAGGACAACCUACAUUCCCCCUCUCCCAGCAGACUCGUACGCUUGGAUGAAACCCCCUGACCAAAUGACCGCCGAAGACUGGCAAAAGAAGGAAGAUUUCCGUAUGCGUGGCAUGGUGAACGGAGUGCCGCUCGGCAGCCGGGUUCGAGACAGGUUUGUCUUUGCCAUCGACGACCUCACGGAGAAUCAAGCGCAACGGGUCAAUGCCCUGCUGCUCACGCAUUGCUGUGAGAUGAUAUCCUUCCUCACUCCCUCAUGCCUUGUCCGAGCUAUCGAUGCUUUCGAGAAGGAAACGCGACUGACUAUAUUCGGGAAAAGGCGGUACGCGUCCCUCAGAGCGAAGCUGGUCGCAUUGGAAUUGCCCGCGGAGGAGGUACAGUCGUCGCCUACAUCCGCAUCUCCGUCCAUUUCGACCUCGCCAGAGGCGCAAUCUUCGCUUCCCCGUGGUCCUAUUCAUGGACCUUCCGGGUCACAAACAGCAUCGCAGAUUGUUCCAGUGGGUAAAAGCCUACCCGGUCUCCGAGGUGCAUUCAACAGACGCGCGCACACAGUCCCAAUCCCUCGUAUCCCGGAUGAUUCACUCGGCGAACCCGUACCCGAGUCCUCCGCUAUCUCCCCUGUCGGACAGGACUCCGCCCACGAGACGUUUCCCGAAGCCUCGUCCACCUCUCCCCUUCCUGUUGAUGACACCCAGCUCGUGCCUGUCGACAUUGUUGAACUGCUUUCCGAGCAUUGCCUGCCCACUGACCCGGCGGGCCGUGUUGGACAUGCCAGUGCCAGUGGCGAUGCACCCAUGACGAAGUCGGCCAUGCUGGUGCCCUCCGAGCUUUUGCUUGUCACGGAGCAGUCAGUCAAGCUCGAGAAUGCCCUUCCGCGCUUGCGAGGCGCAUUUAAGAGCAAGCCUACAGUGGUCUUGGCAUGCUCGGACACCGUCAUGGUCGCGCCACAAGGCGCGGACACCACUGAACCAGUACCGACAAAUAUCGCACCUGCGUCGGAACCCUUGGUCAACGCAAAUUCAACGAGAGUCGCACCUCCUUCAGAAGCCACAAUGUUCCCCACUUUCGACAUCUCGUCAGAAACCGAGUCUGUGGCUGUCGUAUAUAACGCAGCAAACAACGCCAGCGUCGUUUCUGUCGAGGACCACUCGUUGGAGACGGAGACAUCUCUCGAGAUGUCGAUGACCAUUCACACAGACUCGGACUCGGAACGUGAACUGGACCUUCCUGGAGCGCUCCUGCGACGUAUCCCUGAUGUGGAAGACAGGUUUAUUCGUGGCAGUGGUAGUCAGGAUGGCGGAGAGUCGGAAUCUGGGUAUAGUCGAGGGCGCCGCGGGGCUGAUACGCAAGGGUCUCCAAGUCUCUCUCGCCGGAUUAUACAGGUAGUUGCCGUAGCAGCAAUCGGGUUGUUCUUGGGUCAUAAGUGGGUAAAGCCAAAUGGGUGGUGACAGAGGGUGGGAUGUUGGGCACUGUCGCCGCUAGCCGUAGCUCGAUGCGGUCGCAGCCAUUGGCUACAGCCUACCAUUCGAUCGCUUCGUACGGGGCGGUGAGUAGAAUCCGGAUCUCGAUCAUGUUUUCGGAUAUAUGUACCCGAUGGCUUGGCGAGAGGACUCUUCCGCCUCAGUCGCAAAUAUUUUCAAGUUCUCAUUGUCAGACCGUACUUGCGCGCGCGUUGCAUACAAAAUUC